CAAACCCUAAGGUGUGUUGCGCCCCCAUACAGAGAAAGAGUUGAUAGGUGGUAGCUGCUGCGGAAGCGUCCUGCGGCAAACACCUUUCGCAGCAGCAAGAAUCCAACCCUUCAAAUGGCACAAUCUAUCUCACAAGCCAAACGCGCCCUUGCCUUUGCCGUUAACCGGCGAGGGUACGCAGUGGCGUCUGGUGUUGCUUCUUCGUCCUCGGUGAGAGGGGGUAUGAGCGGAAUAGAAAAGGGUGUGGCAAAGAAUGGUUCAGGCCCAUCGGGGGCCUCAUCGGCUUGGGCCCCAGACCCAGUGACGGGAUACUACAGGCCCAUCAAUCACAGGGAUGAGAUUGACCCGGUGGAGCUCCGAAAGAUGCUGUUGAACCACAAAAGCAAAUCAUCGUAGAGAGAGGGAACACAAACAUAACACAACACAAACCUCGUUUCAAUCAAAUCUUGUGUUGUGUGGUUUUAUCUAUGUCUGGAAUCUUCUUUUAUCCUUUUCAUGUAUCAUGAACAAAUAAACAAAGUAGAUUUGGUUUU